UAUUACCUACGUAUUAAUUGCUCCUCGAGCUCCAGCUCCUGGCGGCCGACGGCAGGAGGAUCCAGAACCGCACCACCCGCGCCGUGCGUCGCUCUUCGUCCAAAACCAAGUAAAUCAAUUUCCGGAGGAGCAAUGUCUGGACGUCCGAUGCUGCAGCUCUGGAAUGAAUGGGCGACCCAAAUCCUUGUCCUACUCAGCUUCACACUGCAGAUUUUCCUCUUUGUCUUCGCUAGGACCCGUCGGCACGGAACCUCCGCCGUGCUGAGGAUCCUCCUGUGGCUAGUGUACCUCAUGGCUGACUCCACCGCUGUCUACACUCUCGGCCAUCUCUCAAUCAAUGGUUCGCCACGCAAGCAGAAGCUCGCGGUAUUCUGGGCGCCCUUUCUCCUGGUGCAUCUUGGUAGCCAGGACACCAUCACCGGCUACGCCCUCGAGGACAACAAGCUCUGGCCACGCCACCUGCUAAAUCUUGGCGUCCAAGCCUUUGGGGUUGCCUAUGUCCUCUAUAAGCACAUCAUGGAGAUCCCCACCUCCCUGGGAUUGGCUACCGGCUUGAUAUUCGCCAUUGGUCUCAUCAAGUAUGCAGAAAGGAUUUGGGCCCUCAAGUGCGCCACCCUGGUCAGCAUCCGGAGCUCUAUCAAUAAUCAUCGGCGUCUCCCUAAUUAUGAUGAGCUUUCCCCCCAGGCAUUGAGGGCAGAGGAGUGUGAUGAAGAGGAGCUCCUGUUGUUUGCUCAAGCCAUGCUCCCUCUUUGCAAGGGUGCUAUCUCUGAUUCUCCGGUGGCUUUGUUUAGUUUCAAAGUUAGAGGUACAGGGUCACUUGCAUCUAUAUAUGAAUGGAAGAGAUGGAACUGGAAAGCUACGUACAAGGUGGUGGAGAUGGAGCUCUCCCUCAUGUAUGACGUCAUCUACACCAAGGCAGUGGUGAUCCAUACUUGGUAUGGUUACUUGUUCCGUCUGGUUUCACCCUUGGCCACCAUCGCCGCGUUCGUCAUGUUCCAGUUAAGUGGUAAUAAAAAUGGUUACAACAGAGUCGAUGUUGUUACCACGUACAUCUUGUUGGUCGGGGCCUUCCUUCUGGACAUGGCGUCGGUGUUCAGUACUCUGGGGUCGACCUGGUCAUGUAGUUUCCUGUGGACCAGAGGCUGGAGUAAUCUUGGUCUUGUCAUCCUGUCUCUUCGUCGGCGUGUCAAGGCUGCCGGCAGUAGAGGGUGGUCAGGCUCAAUUGGGCAGUUCAACUUGUUGCAUUUCUUCUCCCCUGACACGUACAAGAUAAGAAGCAGAGUGGCCAAGAUGAUGGGUCUGGAGGAUUGGUGGGACAAAUGGCGUUGCUCUGAAACCCUAGUGAUUUCACAGGAUGUCAAGGAGUUGGUGUUCAAACAUGUAUGGCAACUAGUGAAGAAGAUUCACCAUCCAAGUGCAGAAAAUGAGAUUGAGUCCUCACCUUGCGAGAAUGGCAUGGUAGGACUCAUGGGGAUGAUGCCACCUAUGAAUGAUUUGCCGGGCUUUCGUCCUGCACUAUACAAUGAAACUGCCAGGAGGCGCGAGAGAUUAGACGAUGCUCUCAACUUUGAUGCCGAACUCCAAGAGGUGAUCCUUACCUGGCACGUCUUCACAAAUGUUUUCCUCUUGUCCAUCGACACCCCCAAGGAUGCGGCAUCAUCCACUUAUCUGAAGGCGAUCAAGGCCCUGUCAGAUUACAUGGUAUUCCUCGUAGCGGUACGUCCUGACAUGAUACCCGGUCUUGAACUACGCAGCAUGUACGAAUCAACCGUCCAAGAUUUGAGGUGCAUAUGUUGUCCAUGGGGUAGCCAUACUUCCUCUAUAGAUAGCGUGAAGAGGCUUGUCAGCAUCCUGCAAGACCGCACGCACGAGGAUAUGGGAGAGGCAUGCGUAACUCUCUGGCAUGGGACUUUAUAUGCCAGGCUGAUGCUGGAACUUGUAGAUGCAGGCAACGGUGAUAAGCCUGGCAUCAUAUCUUGUUACGAGGAUCGUGAUCAUGUCGCCAUGGAUAAACUGGAGCGUCUGAUGCCAGAUCUGGAACACUCAUGCAACGGAGCCGGAGGUGGUGUGUUUGAUAUGCCCAAGGCGUUGGCGCUCAUCUUGGAUGCAUGGGUGCGUCUGCUCGUCUUCGCUUCCGUUCAGUGCAGCAGAGAUGCCCAUGCCAGCCAGAUAAACCGCGGCGGCGAGCUCAUGACCGUUGUGUGGCUCAUGGAAGAACACGCCAACGUGUUUUUCAAGCAACCCACCCCUGGCGGUAUUGAAUCUUUUCUGCUCCAGGCCCUCUGUUAAGAGAGAUGCUCUAGUUGUUAUUGUUCUUUAUGUUGGGGCUUGAUCCUUUUGAAACCUAUUAUCUAUUAUGUUAUUGUAAUGAUAGUUGAGCCCGGUCCCUUUCGGGAGCCGUGUGGGAAAUAAUAUUCUUUGCGACCUGCCAUGACACAAAUUAUGUAGUCUUUUGUUCCCCCUGUUA